UCAAAAGAAGUGUGACUAUACAUACAUAUAUAUACAUAUAUAUUUAAAGAUGGAUAGCUCAGAGUACGAAAUGGUCAGAAACAUGACUCUUCUCUUCUUCUUUGAACGACUAAUGGACAAGGGUGGUCCACGUACAUUACAUGACCUAAGUUGUCAAUUCGGAGCAAAAGGAUUCACGAAGGAAAUGCGUCAGAUAGCAGGAGGAUCGCAAAGUGGCCUUAAGAAAUUUCUAGCACAAUAUCCGGCACUAUUUUUGAUCGACGGCGAUUAUGUAACCGUUAAUACGUUUCAACCGGUCGUGGAGGAGGAGAGCGGAAGUAAAUCCGGUAAACGUGACUAUGCCCGUGAGGCCGUAGAAUACUUUACGAAUAAGCUAUUGCAAUAUGGAGUGGGCACUGAGGUUCCUAUCAAAAGUUUGCUGGGUCAUCGAUCGCAAGCUUCGCCAGAGGUCAGGCACAUAUCUGGUCAACAUUACAAGGAAUUUCGCGAUUUUCUUUUGAGGUAUCCCGAUGCGUUUGUAAUCAGUGAAGAUAACGUAAUAUUGAAACAAUACGAAGGCAUGAAAGCAGAACCCUUUCAUGAAUUGGAACCAGAUAUUCCAAUAGAUCCGGAUGUUACAGCUAAGCUGUUAGACUUUUUCUGUAUAUGCGUUGAGCAGAAGGGCUCAAUUCUUAUAGAUCAGCUGUUUAAUAUGGUGAAUGAGAAUUUUUCGCACGAGAAUUGGACAAGUAUAUUUAAAACGCCACAGGACUUGUUUACUUUUAUAAAAAUGUUCCCAGAUGCUUUUCACGUACAAACCAAUCUGGUGACAUUGAUAGGUCGACCAAAAUCUUCCAUGACAGAGCCUGCGACCGCGAAAGCGAAGAUCACGAGUGGCAAUCAACGCAACAACGUGACUCAUACGAAUAACGCGGCGCCGAUCGUUUCACCAAGCAAGAUUCAAUUCUCUCAACCAUCUUCGAAUCAAUCGGAGAAUGUCUGUAAUAAUGCGAUGCUUCAAUCUAAUUCGCAUGCACAAAAUACAUGCACAUCACCUGUCGAAAGCAAUAAUAAUAACUCGCCGCCUGUUAGCCUGCAACAGCAGAGUCUCAAGCAGAGGUUUAAUACAAUCGUUAUGAGAACUCUGGCAGAUAAUACGGAACGGGAUCGCAGUUUACAAACCGCCCAGAUGGGUGAUGCAUGGAAACUGAAAGUGUUACAACAGACUAGGGUAAUAGCAACACCACGGGAAAGUCUUCAAAUCAUAGAGGAUAUAAUAAAUCCUCGGAAGCUUCCUCCCGAUGGUAAAGUCGUCGUAUCUUUUGAUUGCGAAGGCAUAAAUUUGGGUGUUAAGGGACAAUUAACACUUGUACAAAUUGGUACAAUGAGCGGUCAAGCAUAUGUGUUCGAUUUAUUCACGUGUCCAAGUCUCGUUCAAGCUGGAGGUCUCCAGAAAUUGUUAGAACAUCCUCAUGUUAUUAAGGUCAUCCACGAUUGUAGAAAUGAUAGUGUCAAUUUGUACAAUCAGUUUAAGAUUACAUUGACAAAUGUUUUUGAUACACAGGCAGCGCAUGCAGUGCUUCAGUUCCAAGAAACGGGAAAGCCUGUGUACAAAGUUAAAAAUGUUAAUCUGAACACCUUGUGCGAUCAUUAUGGUGCUCCGUGUAAUCCGCUUAAGGAACAAUUGAAAAAUAUUUAUCGUAAAGAUCAACGCUAUUGGUCUCGGCGACCUAUGACGCGAGACAUGCUGAUUUAUGCGAGCAGCGAUGUUUUAAGCCUUGUACCUCAAGUUUACAAUGCCAUGUCUAGACUUAUAAGGCCGGAAGUACAAGGUCUUUUUGUAGAGUUAUGCGAAGAACAAAUUCAAAUGCAUAUAAGACCAGGAGAUGUAAAAGCUCGUAAGAAGCAGCGAAAAGUGGAGACUGAGGUGGCAGAUUUGAAAAAGAGAAUGGAAGAAGCGACAAGUAAAAAUAUCGUACUAAGUAACCGCGAGAUUCGACUUCUUCGCUAUCUAGAUCUUACAGAAGAUGAAAAAGAAAAGCUCAAAGGGAGUUAUAAAGUUGCGAGAAAACUGGAAAAAUUAGAGAAUAUGGGUCAGGAUAAAGUUGACAGUAGCGAUGACGAUGAUGAGGAUAAGACAGACGAUCCUGAAUAUCAGAGUUUGGAAAGUUGCACAUCGGAAAAUUCUCAUUCUGGUGGUAUAUUGUCUCCACGAAAUGCCGAUACUCCAAGCUUAACUGAGUCGAUGCAAAUGAUGGACGAAAUACUCUCAGAUGGGCGGAUGGAUAAGCUGGAAAAAAUAGAAAAAUUGGAAGCUAUAUUAUCAGCUGUUACCAGCUGUGCGACAGAUCAGCUUUCUCCCAACAAUGCUGAUGCAUCAUGUAGCAAGUGCGGCUGCAUGUGUCAAAGUGACAAUCCGCGGACAGAUCGCCAAGCUGCUGGAAUUACUGUGGCUUGUCAAACGCUUAGCACAGGUGAUAUAGUAAUUACUAGAGUUUUUGUCAGUGAGGAGGAAAAAGAGAGAUUAAGGUUACAGAAUUCGCCAAAAAAGUAGAUAUUACAGCUGCUAUGAAAGUAGUAGAAAAGUUGCCAUUUAUAGGUUUUUUUAUGAAAAGAAAUGACUGCACAAGAAAAAAAUAGUUAAAAUUUAUCUAUUUUAUGUAAUGUAAUAAGAUUCAUAUAGGGCAGAAUUAUAGCAAAAUUUAUAAAACAUGCUUUCUGGCAUCUCUGCUCCUUUAAAAAAGUGUCUUAAACGAAAUAAGCCUUGUUAUAUACGCUUUUUCAAAUCUGAUAAUAGAAUGAUCAGAUUUCUGAAAAAAGGGUUAUUAAUUUUAUACGAGGAUAUCGUUUAUUAUCCGCCUAAAGAUUUAUCUUUCUUUUACAAGCCUUUAAGAAAGAUCGAAUCGUGUUUAAUGACAAAUUAUAAAUACAGACAAGGCUUUAAUAGCCGCAUGUAAUUUUUAAAAUUACAAAUUGUGGCGUUUUAUGUUUGAUGUAAAAUUA